CCCUCCCGCGGCAUCCCCCGCACCCCGUCCCGCAGCAUCCCCGCCGCGAUGCUGCUGCGGCUCCUGGUGCUGCUGGGCGCCUGCCCGGGGCUCUCGCGGUGCCUGGGCUCCUUCGUGCAGUGCGAGCCCUGCGACGGCAAGGCGCUGUCGCUGUGCCCGCCGCCGCCGCUGGGCUGCGAGCUCGUGAAGGAGCCCGGUUGCGGCUGCUGCCUCACCUGCGCCCUGCCCGCCGGCCAGCCCUGCGGCGUCUACACCGAGCGCUGCGCCCGCGGGCUCCGCUGCCUCCCGCGGCAGGGCGAAGAGAAGCCGCUGCACGCCCUGCUCCACGGCACCGCCGUCUGCCUCAGCGAGAAGAGCUACCGCGAGCAAGCCAAGGCCGAACGGGAGUCCCGAGAGCAUGAGGAGCCGACCACGUCGGAGAUGACAGAGGAGACCUACCCACCCAAGGCCUACCGGCCCAAGCAUGGGCGCCUCUCUGAGCUCAAGGCUGAGGCCCUGAAGAAGGACCGCCGUAAGAAGCUGACCCUGGCUAAGUUUGUGGGCAUGGCAGAGAACACGGCGCAUCCUCGUGUUGUCAUCCCUGAGCUCCGGCAGGAGUUUGAGCUGGGUCCCUGCCGCAGGCACAUGGAGGCAUCCCUGCAGGAGCUGAAGAGCAGCCAGCGGAUGGUUCCCCGUGCCGUCCACCUCCCUAACUGUGACCGAAAGGGCUUCUAUAAGAGGAAGCAGUGCAAGCCCUCCCGAGGCCGGAAGCGUGGGUUGUGUUGGUGUGUGGACAAAUACGGCAUGAAGCUGCCAGGGACUGACUACCUGAGCGGAGACCUGCAGUGCCACGCGUUCGACAGCAGCAACGUGGAGUGAAGUCACAUCCCCUCCCUCCGCCCCAUCACUACCUACCCAGGCUCCCUUCCACCCUCCCCUCCGCACCUCCCCGCGCCCCGGGACUCCGACUCCUUUCAUCUCAUGUAAGAAGAAAAAAAGACAGGAAAAGAAAAAAGAGAAAGGAAGGAAAAGGAAAAAAAGAAAAAGAGGAAGAGAAGGAAAGAAGUAAACAAAGGAAAAGCAAAGAGAAAAGAAAAAA